UAGUCACAAAUCCCUGACCGGGUGGGUUGGCUCUCACACCUUGAUCUUUGGAAAGUGAAUAUGAAGUUGCGAGUGUUUUAACUGAACUGAACUGAACUGAACUAGGUCUCACACUCUCAUUACAUUCAUUCAGGGUUUAAGGUACACAGAAAUGUCUCUUUUUUCCAGGAACUAGGGUUUCUUUUUGCUAUCAAUUGAUUCAAGUUUUAGAACUUCUUGUAAUCGCCAUGUUUGCACUUCGUAGAGCUACCAAUCCUUUCAGAAGCCAAAGAUAUGGUCUAGGUGCUGCAAGAACAUGUUAUACUAAAUCAGACAAUCUAAGUGAUGCAUCUGGUAAUGAACAACAUGGUACAACUUCCAGCUGCCACAAACAAGUUGUACCUGGUUUUUUCGUUCUAGCACCGAAGAAUUUUCUCCACAGCCAAUCUUAUCACCAAAAUUGCUUUACAACUCGUGGUCUUUGUUCUCAAGUGGGUGCUAAGAGUAGAGAUGCGGAUGAGAAUUUAGAAGAUGGAUUUUAUGAGCUUGAUUCACGUACCUCCCCAACUGUUGAAGGGACCACUGUAGGACCAGAGAACAGUGAAGAGGUAGUUUCUAGCUCUGAGCUCUCGGAUGAUGGUGCUGAAGAGGAUUUCGUCGAAGAUCAAAAUGAGAUAGAUUCGCCUGAUGUUGAGACAGAUACAGUUUCUGAUGAGGAUUUAAAGAAGAGAAAAGCUGAACCAUUGAAUCUUUUUAAUGUUAUCCAGGCUGCACCUUUUCAGCAAGUCAGUACUGCACUUGAUAAGUUCGUCAAGGAAGAAAACUCUAUUAGUCGUCCUGUAAUAUUUGCAGCUCUCCAAGUGGCUGGAGACGAAUAAGCAGCUCAUCUUCGAAGAACGAGAUUACGCAUCUCAUCUGUGUAAGUGCUGACGAUGUGAAUAAAGCCGAAGCAGUAUUCCGCAAAAUGAGGGACCUGGAUUUCCCAGUCACACCCUUCGCUUGCAACCAGUUAAUACUUAUGUAUAAGAAACUCAACAAGAAGAAGAUAGCUGAUGUCUUAUUGUUAAUGGAGAAAGAUGACGUGAAGCCAAGUCGCCACACUUACAAGCUCUUAAUAGACACAAAAGGCCAGACAAAUGACAUAACAGGAAUGGAAGAGUUAGUCAAGACCAUGAAGAGUGAAGGUUUUGAAUUAGAUGACUUCAUACGGCCGACGUUGGUGAAACACUACAUAUGUGCAGGGAUGAAUGAGAAGGCAGAGGAAAUUGUGAAGGAGAUGGAAGGGGAAGACCUGAACGAUACACGUGGUGCGUGUAAAACUUUACUUCAUCUUUACGCCGACCUAGGUAAGGCCGAAGAUGUUGAAAGGAUCUGGAAGGUUUGUGAGUCAAAUCUUCGUAUUGGUGAAUGCUUGGCUGCUGUUGGUGCUUGGGGCAAAGUGGGAAGAGUGGAAAAGGCAGAGGAAGUAUUUGAAUUAAUGAUCAAGACAUGGAAGAACCCCCCAGUGAAGUGUUAUACAACUCUCUUGGAUGUUUUUGCAAAACAUAAGCUACUUGCAAAAGGUAAAGAUUUGGCAAAGAGAAUGGCAAGUGAUGGAUACCGCGUAGAUCCGCUUGCUUGGGACUCACUUGUAAAACUAUUCGUGGAAGCUGGGGAAGUUGAGAAGGCUGAUUCAGUUUUGCAAAAGGCUAUUCAACAAGAUCAUCGGGUGAGGCCAAUGUUUAACUCGUUCAUGGUUAUAAUGGAACAAUAUUCAAAGAGAGGUGAUAUUCAUAAUACAGAGAGGAUUUUCCAUAAGUUGAGGCAAUCGGGUUAUGUGAGAAAAAUUCGGCAGUACCAAUGCCUUCUUCAGGCUUACGUAAAUGCCAAAGCUCCGGCAUAUGGUUUUAGAGAUCGGAUGAAGGCUGAUAGUGUAUUCCCUAACAAGUCUGUUGCUGGACAGUUGACACAGAUCGAUACUUUUAAGAAGACGGUGAUAUCUGACUUGCUCGAUUGAGAAGAACAUCCACAGGCAGUAAUCAGUAUACGUUAUUUACAGAUUUAAGUAAUUGAACAUCCAAUUGGCGAAGGCAAGUUUAUCUGUAGUGUGCUAGUGUUAUGUGGCUGAUGAUUUUUGUUUUAAUUCUCUUGAUUACAUACAGUUGCU